UGUGUGUAAUUUACUACAUACAUAUAAAGGAACAUACAUAGUACUAUUACAUUAUUAGAUAGAUAGAUUAGAUGUAUAUGUACAAAAUAACUUCUUAAAAAAGAAUCAGUCUCUCAGCCCAUCAAAGUUUUUCUUUAUAAUUAUGAUCUUAUUGUUGUGUAAACGCUGUUUGUCAGUGGUUGGGUGUGAAGAUACCUUCACUUUCGUCCUCCUCAGCAGUUCAGACAUUACAGUUCAGUUGAUCAGGAAACGCGUUCAAAACCUGAUCAUUAAAGUUGAUACAUGCAGCAUAUCGAUACUGUGGGUGGAUCAGGAAUCCAUAGAAAUGAUCGACCGACUUUAACCUUUCAAACCGAUUGUUUUACCGCGCGAGGCUGCAGAUGGAUUGAUUGUUGAUCGUUUGGUGAGUUCUGGAGAACAUACGUUCACUGGGGCCAAACAAUCCUACAAGUCUGGAUCCACAGCUUUAACCAAUCCAAACCAAAAUGACCGGUGGUGAUACAGAGGACUUUGUCUUCAGCAGAACUGUUCAGAGAUCAGAGGACACAGCAGCACUGAAGUGACAUUAUGGUGACUGCAGCGUCUGAGCUGCGCAAAAGUAGCCUUGACCUACUCCCUCCCAGCAUGUCAGAGCUGAGGGUUGUUCUGCUGGGGAACAGCUGGACUGACAGGAGAGAUGCUGGGAACUUCAUUCUGGGAGAAACGGUGUUCAGCACUCAGAAAGCACCAGACUGCUGUCAGAGAGUCAGUGGAUGCUGGAGAUGGAAAGAAAUAGUUCUCAUCAACACCCCAGAUCUGCUGCAUCCCAACAUCUCUGAACACAAACUGACAGAACAUGUAGAAACCUGUGUGAGACUCUGUGAUCCUGGACCUCAUGUGUUCCUGCUGGUUCUACAGCCUGAAGACUUCACUGAGGAACACAAACUGAGGCUUCAGACAGUCCUAGAAAACUUUGGCGAUCGAUCAUUUGAACAUUCACUGGUUCUGAUAUCAACACCCACUGAGCAAAGUCCAGGUUCAGCAGAAAAGUACGAGCAACAUCCACCACUGAAACACAUGAUCAAAAUGUGCAGAUACAGAAACUUGAAGCUGAAGAACCUUGAAUUCCAGGAACUCUUCACACGCUUGUGUGAAAUCGUGAGGGUAAACAACGGAGAACAUGUGAGCUGUGAUUUAUCUGACGAUGAAGCAGCUGGGAUUCAUCAGAACCUGCCUGUCAACAUGGAUCCUGCUCGAGCUGCUCCUCAUGGACUCAGGAUUGUGCUGUUUGGGAAAAGUGAGGAAGAAAUGACGACACUUGGUAACUUCAUCCUGAAAAAAAAAUCUUUUAAAUUUCAAAGAUUUUCUCCAAUCAAACAAUGUGAGUUAGUUCAUGGAGAAUGGAAAGAAAAACCACUGACAGUGGCGAAAACUCCAGACAUGUUCAGUCUGUCUGAGGAAGCAGUGAGAAAAGAAGUGAAGAGCUGUGUGACUCUUUGUCGUCCUGGACCAAAUGUUCUGCUGCUGUUAGUGAAACCUUCUGAUUUCACUGAGGAGAACAGAAAAACACUGAAGUUCAUCCUGAGUUUGUUUGGUCAAGAUGCUUUUAGAUACUCAAUGGUCGUCACCACGUACUGUCAUCAAUGGAAUGAGACAAGUGUCUCUGUGAACAAGCUCCUUCAGGAAUGUGAUGGAAGAAACUACAACAUGUUUGUAAAUGACCAUAACAAGUUAAUGGAGAAGAUUGAGAACAUUGUGCAUCUAAACAAAGGAACCUUCCUCACCUUCACUGAAGAGACCAUAAGACCAAAGUCUGAACACAUCAAACCAUCUUUAAACCUGGUUCUGUGUGGGAGGAGAGGAGCAGGGAAGACUUCAGCAGCCAAGGCCAUUUUAGGUCAGACAGAGCUUCAUUCAGUCUCCACCUCAUCAGAGUGUGUUAAACAUCAGGGAGAUGUGUGUGGACGUUGGGUUUCCCUGGUGGAGCUGCCUGCCUUGUAUGGAAAACCUCAGGAGGCAGUGAUGGAGGAAUCAUUCAGGUGUAUCUCCCUCUGUGAUCCUGAGGGCGUCCAUGCCUUCAUCCUGGUCCUACCUGUGGGUCCUCCCACUGAUGAAGACAAGGGAGAGUUAAAGACCAUCCAGAACACAUUCAGCUCUCCAGUCAAUGACUUCACCAUGAUUCUGUUCAUUGUGGAGUCAGAUCCUACAGAUCCAGCUGUUGGUAACUUUGUAACAAAGGAUGAAGACAUCCAGGAGCUCCUUCAGAAGUGUGGACAACGUUAUGUAUUUCUCAACAGUAAUGACAAACAGCAGAUGCCAGAGCUGUUGCUUAGUGUGGAAAAAGUUAGACCGUCCAAAGAACCAUCCUGCUACACAACAGAGACAUUUGCACAUGCCCAAAUAAAAAGGAUCAUACAACAAGACAAAAACCUUUCCACUGUGCGGUCUGAGCUUAUGGAUCUGAAAACAAAAAACAAGGGCAGCUGUGCUGAAGAGAAACAGAGUCCAGAGAGUCUCAGGAUUUUGCUGAUAGGGAAGACUGGCAGUGGAAAGAGCUCUUCAGGAAACACCAUUCUGGGAAGAAAGGUGUUUAAAUAUGGAUUAGGUCAAACAUUAGUCACCAAGUAUUGUCAGAAAGAACAGAGUGAAGUGGACGGUCGUCCUGUUGUUGUGGUCGACACUCCUGGUCUGUUUGAUAAUAGUUUGUCCCAUGAUCAGGUUAAUGAGGAGAUGGUGAAAUGUAUCAGUCUUCUGGCUCCAGGACCACAUGUCUUCCUGUUGGUGUUACAGAUUGGACGAUUCACAGCAGAGGAGAAGGAGACACUGAAACUCAUCAAAGAAGGAUUUGGGAAGAAUUCAGAGAAAUUCACCAUCAUUCUUUUCACAAGAGGAGAUAUACUGGAACAUGAGGAGCGAACCAUUGAAGAAUACAUUGAAAAGAAAUGUGAUGAUUCCUUUAAGAAGCUGAUCUCUGACUGUGGAGGAAGAUACCAUGUGUUUAACAACUAUGAUCAACACAAUCACACACAAGUCAGUGAGCUGAUCAACAAGAUCAACACCAUGGUGAAGGAAAAUGGAGGCAGCUGCUUCACUAAUGAGAUGCUGCAAGAGGCUGAAGCAGCGAUACAGAAAGAAGUGGAGAGGAUCCUGAAGGAGAAGGAAGAAGAGAUGAAGAGAGAGAUUUGAUGGACAUCUGGUAGAAACAAUGACAGCAAUGUUCAAAAGACUAAAAUAGGGGAAAGUUAUUAUUACUACUACUACUAUUUACGUUUUGAUUUAGUCUGUGUAUUUACAAUGUUGUCUUUCUCUAACCCCCCCUCCCCCGUCUAGACCCAACCGGUCGAGGCAGAUGGCCGCCCACCCUGAGUCCGGUUCUGCUUGAGGUUUCUGCCUCUUAAAAGGAAGUUUUUUCUUGCCACAGUCUCCUAGUGCUGCUCAUGGUGGGAUCUGUUGGGUUUCUCUGUAAAUUUUAUAAGAUAAAGAGUACGGCCUAGACUUGCUCUAUAUGUACAGUGCCUCAAGAUAACUUCUGUUGUGAAUUGGCGCUAUAUAAAAGCUAUAUAAAUAAAAUUUCACCUGAUCUGACCUGAAAAUUAAAAUCAAAUGGGAGAAAAGUGAUCAUAAAAACAAAACAUUAAAAUAUUCAAUGAAUCAUCAAUAUAGAAGAGAAGAUGAAGACAUCAAGAAAAAAAAAUUGAUAAAUUUCAACAACUAGUGUGAAUAAAAUGUGAAACUCUGCAGAGAACAAUUAAUUCAAAUAGCCAGGAAGCCACUGAUGGAAGCUUUAACACAGAGAAGACAUUCUGUACAUGUACUUCAGUAACCAGUUUAGACUUAGCUUUCUCCAGUAAACUGAUUUUUUAAAUAUCAUGUAGAAACCUGGUCCCUGUAAUCGUGUAGAGGGAUCACUGGGGAUCACUGAUUUCUUGGCCGUGUGUAAGCGUAACUGGGAUUUAGUUUUAGUUUUUUACAUGUCAGCAUGUGCAGGAAAACUCUUCUGGUAGAGUUAGUAACACUGUCACAUGACAUGAAGAUAAAAAGAAAAAAACCUGAAAAAUGUAAAGCAGUGAUUGACAGGUGUUCACAGAGUCUCUUCAUAAGUUCUGUUAAUGACAUUUGUCUCUUUCCUGAAAGUUCUACAUUGUAUGAGUGACGAUUUUAAACAAAGGACUCUGAGUAUUUUAGACCUUUACACAUUUUCUCUUAUUUUGUGACAGAGAUGUAUGUUAAUGUCAUUUUAUCAUGUAAAGACUUUUCUUCUUUGUAACCAUGAUUAUAAAUAAGAAACUAUUUGAUAAUAAAAUUGAUACUAGAGAUAA